UUUACCCAGGAAAAGGUGAUCUACUUCUAAAAAAUUGGGACAAAUUUUCGACCAAGAUAAUCCGGCAUGCCUCAGUCUUAUGGCAACAAAGCAAAGAUUUUAAAAGGCUCAUUGAGUCUAUGAGGAUUAACUUGAAUGCUGAAGACGAAAAAACUCGAACAAUAAAUUCCCUAUUACUACUGCCCAUUCUGCUUCCAUCAAUUCCAGUAAAUAAAAAAUGGAAGCCAAGCAGAAUUGAAAGCAAAGAUGCUUUCCUGUUGGCGACAGAGAAUGCUCAGGAAGCAGCAAGAAAAUUGACACUUCGAAGAUUGCAUAUCAAAAAGUUUGGGUUCCCUGAACAGCCAACAGCGGUCGUAUCAGGUAUCAAUCAGGACAUAAACGUUUGCAUCGGCCAUAUAAUCUACACGUGUGACACUGCCUUAGCAGCAGUAGACAUAUGCUGCAAACUGUUGAUCAUGUUGAAAGCACCACUACCACCGGAUGUUUUACUCCCCGUAUUGUUUAUAAAAAGUUUUUUGUAUGAGGUUGAACCUGAAGAUGCACUCCAGUAUCCAUGUUUGACUACGUUGAAACAUGAGCUCAUGCAUCAUUAAUUUCAAGCUCUUUGCUGAAUCUUUUCCUGAUCUCAUUUCUGCUCGCAAAUUUUUAGAUAAGAAAACUCUUGUUGUAGGUUGAGGAAUAAGUAAAAUCAUUUCUCCUUUAAAAUUCUCAUAAAUUCAUCCUAUAAAUUCCUUAAUUUAAGUGUAAUGAUACGUCUUUCCUCCGAAUUGGUAUAAUUUCUGUAGUUCAGAUUAAAAAAUGAUCCCUUGCGUAAAAUCCAGGUGCAAUCGCUGCUUUGUCUCUGUUGAUGCUCUUUUCAGUCACCUACAGUGUUUUCAUGGAGUGACGCAAUUAGAUCCAGUCGAAUGUAAAUUGUGCCACCGAACCCUGAAUUUUAAAGCUUUCAAAAAACAUUUUUUGCAAGUACAUAAAUGUCUAGUUGCAAAAAGCAAAAAAUGCUCAUUAGGUCAAAGCAGUGUUUCAAAUGGCUCGCAGGAGCCUGCUCUUUUGAGCACUAUUGCAGAUCAACUUGGAUCCUCAAAUUUUGAAAUUGUUGACAACGAAUCCUUAGAGAAUGUUUCAACCUCUGGAGCUUCUGGCACUGAAAUAUCUGAAAAUAUUUCAAGCUCCUUUCCUGAACUGGUUGAACAUGUUGCACCUCUUGAGAACUCUGUCAUUAGUCAAGUGAACCAUGAGCUAACUAAUAAAACUAUCAAGGAGGCAAUAGAGUCUAAAGUUUUUAAUUUUUGCAGCCUUAUGUACAGUUCCCCAAGCAUUCCAAUGACUCAUGCUGAAAUGACUGUAAAAUCAGUGAUUGAUCUGGUUCAGAGCAUCAACAGUGCCUAUAAACAUAAGUUUUUGCACCAUUCCACUGAUACAGUCAAUGCAAAUUUAGAAUAUAUCAUUCCAAACGUGGAAGAAUUAUUUACUUUCGUUGAGGAGACUUUUAAUUCUUAUAAGACAAACUAUCGUACGAUAAAAAUUUUAAAGGAGAAAGGGUUCUACGUGCCCCCAAAACCUUUAACUUUAGGUUACUCAUUUAAAAGAAGAAAAUUUAAGAAAAAAUUUUGUGUUGUGCGCACCAAAGAGACAAGUUUCUUUAUUCCACUUCGGCAUGUUUUCCGUUUAUUUUUGGAGCAAGAAGGUGUCUUGCGGACUACGCUGGAUUACAUGGAAAAACUUAAGACCGAACACGUCAUCAUUGAAAAUGUCAUUCAGGGUCAAUGCUGGAAAAAUGCUACAAAAGGUAAAGACGGCAUUAUUCUUCCGCUUUUCCUUGAUAACGAUGAUAUUGAAGUAGGGAAUGCGUUGGGAGGACACGCUGGCGUCAAUAAAAUAAAUGCCACUUAUUGCUCAUUACCUUGUCUACCACCAGAGAUGAGAUCCUCCCUAAAUCAUAUAUUUUUGGCUCUUUUGACUAAGUCAUCGAACUUCAAACGCUUUGGGAAUAGUCAAAUUUUCAAACCAAUAAUUAAAGAAUUAAAAUUUCUCUCUAAGGAGGGAAUCAGUGUGACAUUAGACGGCCAGAUUGUCAAAGUGUUUUUCCAACUUUGUAUAUUGAUUGGCGAUAAUUUAGGCCUAAACAGUAUUGCAGGUUUUACGCAGAAUUUUUCAACCAGUCAUUAUUGUUGUAGAAUUUGUUCAGCUAACAAGAGACAACGACAAACUUUGACUAAAGAAGUAGAGGAUCUCCUUCGCACAGUCCCAAGCUACGAAAGAGACGUAAAUAAGAAAAAUUUUCAAGAAACCGGCAUCCAUGAAAAAUGUGUUUUCCAUGAUCUUGAUAAUUACCAUAUUGUAACAAAUGGUGCAGUAGAUGUGGCUCAUGAUCUUUUUGAAGGAGUCGUUCAAUAUGAUCUAUGUUUCAUUUUGAAACAUUUUAUAUGUACGGAAAAAUGUUUUACCCUUUCAAUAGCAAAUGACAGAAUAAGCAAAUUCAACUAUGGUUCUGCAGAUAUUGGCAGUAAACCUCCCCCUUUGCCUGAAACUUUGAAAAAAAGGCGAACAUUGAAGAUGUCUGCCUCUGAAUGUGCUUGCCUUCUUAAGUACUUCGGGCUCCUCUUCGCUAAUCUGGGCCGGCCAAUACCUGAGAAUGACCCAGUUUGGCAACUGUACAUAGCUCUCCGCAAAAUUGUUGAUAUUGUCAUGAGCCCAACUGUAGAUCUUACAGUUUGCAACCUCUUAACCUCCUAUAUAUCUGAACAUCAUUAUUUGUACA